AUGAAACAGGUCUUAUCAGUAAACGUAUUUAACUUAACAAAGCAUUGUGUUGGAAUUCAAUGUGACAUUACAGUUGUGCGUUUUACUCUUCAGCAAAUACUCUUUUUACUUUCAAUCCGCCGUCCAACUCAUAAUAAGGAAGGCAUCUUGAUCUUGAUCAUUCGAAAUCGAGAAAAUACGUUUAUAGAAUUUGGACGAUACGUACAACACAAGAAACCGCGUGAGCUCACUAACCGCAUUGGACGCCGAGCGAUCGAUGGUUUAAAGUAGCGUUGCCCUCCAGAAUUCACCCGAGUGACUGCACCAGCCAAAAUGCGGGAUCGGGAGUGACUGAACUGUCCAGACCGGGUUGUGAAGUUAUUUCAAAUUUUGUGUGGAAAACAUGUGCAGUGGACUGUCUGUGUAAAAUACCAUCGUCUUGAACCACCGUCACGCUGGAAUCGUCAACUUUGGAGUUAAACAUCACAAUGUCCUAGGAGGCUCACAAAAUGAUGGCCCAGGGAAAACAGAUCACGCUGAAAUAUUGGUAGAAAUGUGGUGGCAACCAACUGGUUCUUGAUCAGGAGACUAAUUUCGUUUAUUCCGAACUACAGAAUAAAUUAAAAGUCAAUAGAAAUAUUUAGAUUAGAAACUAAUAACGGUAUUUCUGGGUAGUGCGUUCUUAUAAAC